AUGAAGCCUCCAGGGUUUGAGAAACACCCUCUUGAAGUGGACGCGAUCCUGAAUCUGGAUAACACUGUGGUUGAUCUGGAGACGUUACAGGCGCUCUAUGAGAACAGAGCCCAGCAUGACGAGCUGGAGAAAAUCGAGAAACACAUCAAAUCCUCAAAAGACAAAGAGGGAAGCAAACCUCUGGACAAACCCGAACAGUUUCUCCAUCAGCUCUCCCAGAUUCCUGAUUUCUCCGGACGAGUCUUCUGUAUUCUCUUUCAGUCAACCUUCACUGAAUGCAUCUCGUCUGUUCAGCGCAAACUCCAGAUUUUGCAGAGAGUCUGCAAGACUCUUCAGAGCGGUUCUGGAGUGCUGCAGGUUCUCGGUUUAGUUUUGGCCUUUGGGAACUUCAUGAACGGAGGGAAUCGCACCAGAGGACAGGCGGAUGGCUUCACGCUGGACAUUCUGCCCAAACUCAAGGAUGUCAAGAGCAGCGACAACAGUAAGAGUCUGAUGUCGUAUAUUGUGUCUUACUACCUGAGACACUUUGACGAGGACGCGGGCAGGGAGACGUGUGUGUUUCCUCUCCCAGAACCUCACGACCUGUUUCAGGCCUCUCAGAUGAAGUUUGAAGACUUGACUAAAGAUCUGCUGAGACUCCGGAAAGAUCUAAGAGCAUGCACUGCGGAGGUGGAGAAGGUGUGCUCGGUCUCGACUGAAGAGCAUCUGCAGCCGUUUAAAGAAAAUAUGGAGGUGUUUGUGAGUGAAGCAAAAACGGAGCUAGAAAGUCAAGAGAAGCAACUCAGUGACACCCAUAAAAUGUUCCUGGAGCUCUGCGUGUUCUUCUCGGUGAAGGCCAAGAGCGGAGAGAAAGAGGUUUCGCCCAACACCUUCUUCACCGUUUGGCACGAGUUCUCCACCGACUUUAAAGACUAUUGGAAGAAGGAGAACAAGAUCAUCCUGCAGGAGAGACUGAAGGCGGCGGAGGAGUGUUUCCGACAGGUCAAAGAAAAAGCCACAUACAGCGUCAAACCCAAGCACGCGUCUGGAAUCAAAGCAAAGUUGGGCAUGAAGAUCUGAGGCGGAUGUGGACUGACUCUUGUGAUGUUUCAUCUGUAAAUCUUCAGUGUUACUCUGCCAUCUGCCGUACCACACAGGAAGUGAUCCGCCGUCUGAAUGUGAUGUCAUAUCCUGUGUCCUGGCGGAUGAACAUAUCAGACGUUACAUAUCACAGUACAUACUGGAGGACUGAAGCAAUAUCAUCAAAACUAAGUUUUUAUUUUUAACAGACGAAAAAAGGCAAGAGAAAGCAAGAGUAUCUGGAUUUCUGAUGCGUCUUUAUUUUAAACAUCGGCACCGUCACAUGCUUUUAAACCAACACUAGUUAGUGCAGUUUAGUGCGCUAGUCAUCAGCUGGUUUAGCAUGUUCAAAGCACACUCCAGUCCUACAGGACCUGAAAGAGACACUCCAGUAUGUACAGUAUGAAUCAGAUCAGACGGCGGCGAACGUUCAGGAAUCUACUCAGUGUUUUUGUGAAAUUAUGCAAGAUUGUUUUCUGUUUUUGCUGCAUUCACUCACUCACUCGAUGUAUUUAAGAGGAUGUUUUUUAAAUUAAUGUAAAUAUUAACAUGUUUAUGUAGCAUUGGUUUGUUUUUAGCAUGUGCGUGUCGGAGGUGUGGAUGGACGUCUGCGCUCCAUGUGCAAUAACUGUUUGUAUCGGAACGUUUUGAGAAGAGUGUAAUUUAUGUAAAAUAAAGGGAUUAAUAAAUU